UCUGGCAUAUCCGUCUCCACAUACUACAUGCUUAACUUUGUUUACGUUUACAUUAAAGUCAUUAAUGAUUGUAAUUUAUUAAUACCACUAUUAUCAGCGAAGUUUUCAAUUCUGUUGAGAGCUAUUAUUAUAAUCUGUAUCUUUGGCUACCGUAUCUUUUAAAUGAAAAUGAGCAAGGAAACGCGUAAUUUCGGUAAGGAAAAUGAAGUCGACGAAUCGUACGAUAGUAACGAUGAAGAUGAUGAGACUGAGCUAGAGGAGAAUAUGAUCACAGUUGAUGAAAAUGUUGGCAAGGUGAGUAGAAGAGACUAACGGCCACCAACGCUUAUUGUAUAAUCCUCUACAGUUAUUAGGCCCCAUAAUGUAAGUUAGCCCAUAGAGUUCAUAGAGUUAGAGAGUAUGAGUAAGGAAUGAAAUAAUUAUUAUAUUAUAUUGAAGCUUGAAAAUUGAAAAGACAGGACAAUAAUCAGAUGUGAACAGUGGUGGACUGGGGAGUUCAAGCAGCCCGGGGAAAAAAACAAAAAAGCGGCCCGAUCUUCAUGAGUUUUAUUUGUAUUAUAUCACCGGUCCUAGCGGCCCAUCGGGAAUCUUCCCGGUGGCCCAAUCCACCCCUGGAUGUGAAGCCGGUAAAUGCAGAAAUUUAGUGCCAUGACGUAUCACUUGGUUGCCACGACCCAUGAAAGGUCAUGUGUCAUGGCAACCAAGAUGGCGGAUGUUUAAAAAAACCUCACGUCUGCUAAAAUUUGUGUGUACUGCGUGGUAAGCCCAGCCCUAGCCCUAGGCUGGACUGGGGACCACGCUAUAUAAAACCACUUAUAGUAAUAAUAAUAAAAUGGGGAGGACAAAUGGAGAAAUUGUGCUGUUAAUAACCUGUUUACCCUCAAACUCUUAAAAUCAUAACACCAUCUCAAAAUCAUUCAAUAUAUUAUCUUAAUAGUAAAAAAUAAUCAUGGGCCUACAGUAUAUCAGUAUAUAUAAUGUAUACAUCUCAAAAUCAUACAUUGCCAAAAUGGUAAGAGUAAACAGGUCUGUAAAUAUUAACAGAGAGAAAUGAAAAUAGGACAAAAAUGUUAAAAUUAAUGAAAAAUUUCUGCCGGUACAUAAAUUUCAUGGUGAGAGUAGCUGCUUUAUUUUUAUUGUAUCCCUCAAGAUAUGCAGCAAGAAGCAUCACCGACCUGCUGUCGCUUCCUUUCCCACAAGAAUGUUUAGAAAAUUUUUUUUUCUUUUCAUUUAAACUUUAGGUCAUUUGCUUUUUUAGAAAUAAAAAAAAAAUAUUUUAUUAUUGAAAAAUUUACAUUAAUCAUUGAAAGAAGUUGCAGAGAAUGAAUAUUAUAAGAAUUUAUGUGCUUAACGGUGCUGCUCAAAAGUUCAUGUGCAUAAUUAAAGAGAGGAUAUUAAAAUAAAAGUUUAAUUUUAUGAUAAGAAUUAAUUGUCAUUUUAUCAUUUUAACCCACGAACUGUGGCAUGCAUUCAUGCAUCAUUCUGUGGUGUGGAGCUUUUCAGAGCGUUUUGAGGGCCAUUUGAAAUUGCAUUAAAUGACAUAGAAAGAUUGAUACAAGACACCUAUAAGUAUAUAUUUUUAGAAAGGUAAAUGGUUUGGGAUAAAGUUGGCCAUAUUGCCCACCCGUAAAAAAAUUUUGCUCAGUAUCCUUGACCUUGGAGUUCUCAAGAAGAAAAAAAAAUCUACAAUUGUCUUGCUUUCAAGUGCUCAUAACAUCAUUAAUUUUUAAAGAUACACUUAAAAACUCAAAUCUAAAUGUUGUAGCCAAUUCAUUUAUCUAUCAGAAAAUUUAUAGUUUUCUAAGGUUUCUUGUGCAAUUAAACCUCUGAAAGCAUUUUAAGUAAUUUUAGGUCAUUUAUUUAAGAAACUGGGACCACUGCUAAAACCAAGUACAAAAUACAAAAUCUCAGGCAACAUAGUUAUUAUUGACUAGUAAACAUUUAAAAAGGAACUACUGGAACUGAUUUGGGUUGUUUAUCUAUAAAAUUUAUUUGUUCUGAACUAUAAUCUGUAGCUUCUGUGACUAAAAAUCAGCCAGUCCUUGCCUAACCUUCCGGGCCUGGCUCGAAGUCUAACAGUAGCCUCAGUAGGCCUACUUCAGUAUCACUAAGACUAGAAUAAAAUUCACGAGAAGAAUAAUCUCAACUGUUAUCGUCAUGAGGAAUGUUAAAAUCAUCAUCAAUAUCUCUUAAAACCUCUCCUAAAAAGCUUUCAAACAUAUUUCUAUAGUUCUUGCACUGAAGGCCCAGCCAUGGCUUCAGCUAUUAUAGCUUUAAAAAGAACAGCGAUAUAAAACUCCGACUAAAAAGUAGUUAUCUUCAAGUUAUCACGAAACAGCUUGAACUGGAAGAUGAUUUAAUUAUUAAUAAAAGGAAGUGGCUAUAAUUCCGGUUAAAUAUUAGAUUGAAAGUUGCUAUCGGACCGUGUUUUUUUUAUCGGCCAAUUUUUUAGGCCGCCACAGUACAGAACGAGAAUGUCAGUCGAUUUUCUCGGCCAACCACAGUUCCUGGGUUAAGCAUUUGAAAAUAUUUAUGAAUCAUGUUAAAGGGUUUGUAAUUUCUCAGACAGGAAAACAUCAUAGCGUUACUAUUUUAAUAACAUCUGACAAAUAUCUCCUAAAACAUUGCAGCUAAUAGUGUGUUUCCGCAUAUCGUUUGGACGACCCUUGUAUCUAGAGUCACUGUUACAUGUGCCGUGCGUGCAAUGAAGUCCCAUUUCACAAAAUAGCAGUAAAUAAAAUUUUGUUAAAUAUUUUGUAAAAUAUAGUUGUAAAAAAGUUUUGGUUUAGGUUAAGGACCUCUUCGCAAACGUAGUAAUACUGAACAGUGUUAACAUUUUGUCCGACCCAAGUACCCGGAUGAUUACAGCAGUUCUAUUUAUAGAUCUCUGCCAUUAAAUGACAAGCCCUAUAGGAAAAUUAUAAAGAUUUUUUUUAAUUUUGUAGGAUAAUAACAAAAACUAAAAUUAUAAUUUGUGGCUUUAUUAAGAAGAACUCAUAUUUAACUCACGUUUCCUGUAAAUAUUGUAUUAUAUUUUGUCUCAUUAUAUGAUAAGGUUAUUUGGUGUAAAAGCAAAAGCAAAAUAAGGGUAAUGUAAUGUGGAGAAAACCCCAUAGUGAAAAAAUGGUUUUGAGGUCCUAACUAAAAAAUUCCUAACGUUUGAACCACUUGAGCUAGAAAGUUGAUCUUGGUGCUUUUGUAAACCAUUCUCUAUGCUCUAUACAGCGGUAGUUAGUAUUUUCAUAUUUUUACAAAUGUUUUGAAAUUUUCACCAAAGUGCCUUUACAUAGACAAACUACUUUAUUUUGCUAUGCUUAAUUUUAUUCAUUCAUUUAUGCAGGUUAUAAAUGUGGCAUUUGAAGCAAGACCUCCUAAUAGUUCAGAUUUCCAUGGAGUCAAAAGGCUUUUGCAGCAGGUUAAUUUACUUAAUUUAGCAUUUGGGUAAUUGUGUGGUUAGCGGCAUGGUUUUGGCAAGAGUUAUCUCAACUUAAGCACAGUGACAUUAUUUUGGGGAAUCCCAACACUUGACUUAGUGUGAAUAAGACCAACACCUUGACAUGAAUGAUGUGUAUGAUAACUUUCUAUUUCUUCACUGAAGCAUUAUUCACAUCAUAAAAACAAUCUCGAUUGAUACAUUUAAUAUUAAAUGAAUUAAAAUGACAUUAUUCCAUUUCUUUUUAUUAAAAUUCAGCUUACGAGGUUCAAAAGAAAUAAAAAGAGAAACUCUAAUCCCUACUGAUACCCCAAGAUGAACACCGGAAAAAAAGACACUUGCAUUAUUAAUAGUUAUGUCUUUUGAUUAGUUGAAAGUGAAGUAACCGUAUGCUAUUAUUUCUAUAAUAAUGUCGCAAUUUAACAAGACCUCUCACCCCACUUUCAAGACGAUAUGUAAAAAAUGAGAAAAAACAUUAAUCAAAUAAAUACAAAGCUAGAUUUUGAAUUCUUUUGAAAAACUGAGCUAUGACCGGUAGUUUUCCUGGGGAACAUCAAUGACUUAAUUAGUUCAUAUUAGUUCAUAUACUGUGGAAGACAUCGCAGGCCCUGUCGCUAAACUCCAUUUUAGCCAGCAAUUGUUUAUUCAUUAUAUAAUUAAUAAUUAUAUUGAUCAUGUAAAUGAAAGUACCACUUCUUGUAUGCAAACUAUCAGAUGUUGGGUUAUAUUAGUCUACAUUUAUACCUCAUCUAUAUUAAUUUGUAGUUCAAAUUAUUGAAAUGUGAACCAAUUGGGUGAUUCAGAUUGUCAUGGCACUAAUAUAGAGUUGAUGAAUCUGGCCAUAGCAUUUCUCCACCCAACUGUACACAUACCCAACUCACAGAUACCAUUGGUCCAACAUGCCUGUUCCGACAACAAUAGUUAAAUAUGCAGCCCACUGUAAUGUUUAAUCCAUUUAAGCCCAUGAUGGCCAAAUCCAGCCACUCAACACGCUGACUGUUACACAUUGCUAUAUAGAAAGCAGAAAUCUAACCAUUUAAAUAAAAGUCUUGCAAGAUACAAGACCAAGAGAGAUCACUUUCAAAUUUUUUAAUUUUUCAAAUAUUUUAUCAAUCGGGCAAGCUAUAUGAUAUAUAUUUUCCUUCAUGCAAGGCUUAUUUCUUUCAUUCAAUCGCUCAACAACAAAAGCACCUGUCCAACUUUUUUCUGUCUAGAAGGUUAAUUGUAAAUGAAACUGCAACUCACAAAAAAAAAAAUCUUGUGGAUGACUGUAUUAUGUCAUUGCUCUGCCAAUGGGCUUUAAAAAUAUGACAUCUUGUGAUGUAAUGAUAAGUAGAUAAUAAAAUCAAUAACAGUGUACUUGGGGCUGGCCUUCAUGUCUCAUCCUAGAUAUUCUCUUACAGUGACGCGUUAUUUUAUGGUGUCCACUAAAGAGUGGGUAACACUUUUCAGCAUUUUUUCCCAACCAAAUCAAAGGGCUUAGAUCCACAAUAAAUAUUUGGCAUAAAUGAAAGAGGGGUGUUGUUAUGGCUUUCUCUGAAAUUCCUAAUUUUUCAAUAAAAUGUCAAAUUUUGUGAGUUCAUAGUCCAAUGAAUUGCAUUAUGUUCAAUGAAUGAAUGCAUUUUUCAAAUUUUGAACAUAUUUUACACUUUAUUUUGGGAUUUUUCAUGUGAUAUUAAAUAGAUUUUGACAAAGAUGGUUAUUUUGAAACAUUUUAGUUUGGGUUGUUAGGGAUAGUGGAAUUUAAUUUAAAAUAAUUAAAAAGUAAUAAUUAGUUCAAUUGUUUACAAUUUAUACAUUUAUAAUUUUUAAUAAAAAAUUCCAUUGAUCAAAUCCAUUACCGGUACUAAUUAGCAGAAAAUAUUAAAAGAACUGACAUUAUAAUUCUUCUUGCCAUAUCUUAUUUGAUAAGCUGUGACAAAAUCUUUGUUCAUAUUUUUUCAUGUGGACAUAAUGAGCACAUUUAACAAAAUCAUAUUUAAUAUUUUCUUCCUAGCAUUAUUAAAAUAGUGAAGGGUAUGUUAAGUGAGAACUCAUCCAGAUUACCCAAUAACAACAAAUAUUUGUCCAACUAUAAUGUUUAUCACCUAAAUUUCUUGCAGAGUCAUAAUUUUUUUAUUAAUUUUGUUUUUAAAUUAGGGCUGGUUUAUGUAUCACUGUUAAGUCUAAUCUUGCUUUCUGGUGCACACUCAUCUAGUGGCGUAAGAAGGGCAGUCCCUGGCAGCACUUUUUCUUUAUUUAGGGCUAGGUGAUAUUUUCUGUGCAAAAGAUGCGAAGCCUCUAAUUGGCUAAAUUCUGUAUUGUAUCCGGGAUUUAGUCUUUUAUUCUGACCCAGUUAAAUUGAAAUUUAAGGAGCAAAUGGAGUGAAGUAGGAAAAAAAACAACAAAAAAACAAUUAGAGCAUGGUCGUUAAAGUGCAAAAUUUGAGAGAUAUUUGCUUUUGAUGACACAGGAUGACUUAAAAUAACAAGCAUAAUGCUGGUCUUUGUGACAGCUGGAAUAAUAUAGACCUACAUUAAAACAACAAAAAAGUAAAUUCUUUAGAAUUCCUUGGGGCAUAGACGUUAGGACCCAAAAGAAGCUGCCAUUUAAUAAAAUUAACUUUAAAUGCAGCCAUUGGGAUUUUAUGCAUAUAAUUGUACUGGUAAGUACAGUUUAUUAUAAGAAUAAGUUAAAAAAAUCUCUAAUAUUUUAAUUACAAUUUCGAUGCUUUGGUAUUAUUUUGCCCCUAAGGAUCUGUUAACCAAAAUACAUGGUUUAGUUUGGUCUUAAAGUAAAUCCACCACUGUGAUUAUGGCUUUGAACAUUAUCAUGUGUUUCCACUCAUUGGUAUGAUACUUUGUCGGAUUAAGGCUUUGAGGGUACAGUCAACAUGGGGACUCAUAGCUGUCUAUUCAUUUUCCAUAGAUGUUGACUGUAGUACGCGCAUGCUGGUGCCCCAUGAGGCCCAUGGGCUAAAAGGAUUGAACAUAUAGAAUGACAACAAUAAAGGAGACAAAAUAAAGCAAUGUUUGCAAUUAUUUAUUUUAAAAAGUCAGUAUUGACAAACUGUUUCUUUAGCUAUUCAGUCUGGAUUCUAGUUUAACUCAUUGCCACAACUCACUCAACGCACCCAGGCAGCAAUAAGCCUGUAUUAUUAAUAACUUAUUUUUGUGAUGUGAAGCGCAUCAGCACCUUUAAAAAAAAUUAUUUACUAAAGAAGUUUAAACAAAUUAAAUUAGUUUAAGUUUAAUAGUUUUAUAUUGGUUUAAUAAAUAUAUUAAACAACAUUACUAUUUAGAAGCGAUUUAAAAUGUAAAAAAUUCAUAGCAUUUCUCUUCGUUUUAGCACAAUACUAAAUUAAGAUAUGAGCAAAAACAAAUCCUUGUAUUUUGAAUGUAUCAAAAUGAGCCCAGCCCUCCUACUCCCAUUUUGUCUUUAGGACCUUUUGACCCCCUUCCUAACACCCCCCACACCCCAAAUUCCAUUCCAUGUUGAUUUAAUGCAUAUGACAGGGACAGUGCUAUUUCAAGAUUUGUAAUUUCCAGGUUUUACUGUGCCAAAAAGCACUAUAUAUAUUUUAAGUGUAUUGUUGGGGGGUGGGGGGGGUGUUUUCAAAGUCCGCCCCAGUAGCAUAAUGAUAAUGUCAUGCUACGCCACUGAACUCAUGCACCACUAAUUACAUAGGCAAGUGGUUAGGUCCACACAUUUUAUGUAUUACAGUAAUAUGUAAUAAUGAUAUCACAUAAAAAUUAAACACUCUCAUUCUCAAAAGAGCAUGUCCCACUUUCACCUCUGUUAUUUAAAAAUAUAUAUAAUCUUUUAAUAUAAUUGAAACCUUUUAUAAUUUCAUUUAUGUCAGCUUUAACUCUACAAAAAUCAGGAUGCUGGGUGGCAAAGCAGUCCAAACUUAGUCAAUCCCAAGUUUGUGGAUUGGAGUUCAAUUCCUAGCAAAAGUCUAGACAAGCAAAAUCAUCAUUAGCACUACGGGUGGGUGGGACUCAUUAACCUUGGAUGGCAACUCAUCAAUCUUGCAUGGUUACUCCUUAUCUAAGAGAAAAAAAACUCUGAAUUCAAACCCGGAAGUGGAGUCCCAUAGGCGGUCUUUUCAUAAUGAAAAUUCCGGCAACUCAUAUGACACCUUGGUGCCAAGCUGUAUCAUCCAUAUAUGAUGUUCCCUUGGUUUGUCCAUAUGUGUGGAGGGAGGUGAUUUGUUAUCUAUAGAACCAGCUUAUCCUUCUACAUAAAAAAAUCCCAGGCCUUGUGAUUUCAUCCUGCAAAGUCUACACCAUUGUCACAAUAUGACAAACAGAUGCCAGAAAAAUCCCCACAUAAAUUAAUGAUACAAAUAUUUCUUAUAGUAUAUUUCUUCUUAAAAGGAAGCUAGAAUGUAAACUCUGUAGGUCAUGUUUUGUUUUAUUUUUUUUUAAUAUUUAAGUUUAAGUGGAUAAUGUUAAAAGAUGAAUCACCAUAGCUCAAAGAAUUUUUUUAAUGUAAAUUUUUUUUUAUUGCAAACAUUUUGACUAUGCUUGGUUUUUCUUUUUUAGUUAUUUGUCAAGAGCAUAAAUGAAGAGCUAUCAGAACUGGCUGAUCUGAUUGUUCUACAAGAUUUUGUUGGGUGUGUGCUCAAGGUGAGAUUAUUUCCUUUUCAUAGCUUUUUUUUUUUUUUUUUUUUUUUGCUUUUUGACUUCUUUUUUAAAAAACCAAAAGUGAGUGAUUAAAAUUGGCCCUUUUAGCAAUCAAGAUUUUGUUCAGGAAAUACAUGAUAAAUUGCAAAACUAAAAAUACAGAUUGUUUGUAUUUCCCCUUUUAAAAUCAUUAUUUAUCAUAUUUUAACAGCAAAUAGAGCAUGAUAGUGACAGUGAUGACAGUGACUCUGAUGAAGAUGGAGAUGACAAUGUAUAUGCUUUGAACACAGUCAUUAACAUUUCUGAACAUCAGGUAAUAAUAAUAAUAACCCAUAUUUAUGAAAGUGAUUUAAUUCUUUGAUUUUACAGAAAACUGAGAUAUCAAAAUAAUUUGUCAAUGCAUGUAACUGUAAACUAAAUUAGUAAAUACAAAUGCACCAAAGAUCUCUAAAUAAUGCUUGGCUUGAAUGGUUGUUUCAAUUGAUACAUUUAAAACUUUUUUUUUAAAAAGAUGUUUCAAAAUUCAUUAAUGAAAUUCUAAAAUGAUUUCAAACUAGGCCUAAAUAUACUUUGGCAUCUAAGUUAUUUUAGAAACAAUAGCAGUCAAUAAGGUUGUUUGUUAUUUUUAAAUAAGGAAAUCUGGAUAUAUUAUUUGCAGAACAUGGCGUGUGUGGAAAAAAUCAAUUCAUUUUUGAUGACUACAUGCAAAGAUAAUUUUAAAACAGAACCAGACAGAAUGAGAAAACUUUUAGAAGAUCCAUCAAAGCAAGUUGGUUUGAUGUUAACAGAGAGAUUCAUCAACAUUCCUUCAAAAGUUGCAUUACCUUCUUAUAGGUCCCUGAGGUAUAGCUAUGCUUAAUAAAUGUACAGUAAUUACAGUUUUCUUAAAAUCAUAUUGGACUGUGAAAUUUAAAUGGUUAUUUUUAUUUCUUGAAAUUUACAAUUGUGUGCCAUGAAGUCUCUAAGCAAAGAUACUGCCAAGUAUUGUAUAUGUUGUAUUAACUGCUGUCACUGCCUUUAUUUAAUAAGUCGCGGCCUCCAUACAAUGUUGCGGCCUUCUUACGUUGGUCUAGUCACGGCCUUCUCAAUUCUUGACAUGUUAGGAUCUUUGUCCUUACACUUCAACAAUCCCGCAGUAGUUACGUUCACUGCACAGUCAGUAGACUCCACAUUGUCUAGGGGUUUACAACACUUUCCUAAUAUAUAUAUAUAUCUAUCACAACUCCAGCAUGGAAAUGCAACAGUUCUUUAUUUACAGGAUCCAAUAUCAAUUCAUAGUGACAAUGUUCAAUGGCGAUAAUACUAACUCUCAACUUGUCUCUCUCUCCUACUCUUCUCUGGACUCUGACACACCGGAACAACUAUCAACCUCAACUAUCCACUCUCAACUGACGAUCACUUGUUUCCCUAGUUCUUCAACUCUUGGGGCAGCUAACAACUAACUCACUGUCACACGGAUUAUGUCUUUCUCCCCCCCCCCCCCCCCCCAUCCAAGGGUCAUUCAGACACAAUAAUAUCAUGCAUGACACAACUCACGGACCCAAAAAGCAUUCAUACUAACAACAGUGAUUCCCAUACAACAAAACUAGUUCACAACAACUGCCAUAGUCAUUGUAAAGUUAUGGAAUCAGCAGUUUGCCCUUUGAAAGUUAGUGUUGCAUUUUUAAAUGUAAAAUAAUAUUUCAAUAUCCCCUAGUCUUGUGUGGAGAUUUGUCUAUAUUGACUAUGUCAUAAAAUAUUUUGUUAGUUUAUAUUGAAAACUUUUUAUUUAAUUGUUGAAGUAAAUUCAUAAAAACGUAUCUCUUUCUUAAAUCCAGGAAUGACAUAGAAAAAGCUGUAGCAAAUAAAAAGAAGUUCCGUUUUACAAACCUCAUAUUAAUAAGCAAGACUUACAAGCUAAAAAGUGGUCAACUGGGAGAGGAGUUACAUUAUUCUAAUCCAGAAGAAGAGUUAUUUAGUGAGGUAAGGAUUGGGUAUGAACUUAUAGAGCUAUGGAGUUAAUUUUUUAAAGAAUUUGUACCGGUAUCUUUCAACUUUCUAAUCAUUCCAUAAAGGGCUGCUCUACAUUCCUGUUCCUGAAUCUAAAUGAUUUAUGAACAUACUUUUAACUUAGAAAGAUUACCAUUGUCUUAGACAGUGCACCAUGGUCUUAGACAGUGCACUUCACAUGUGCAUAGUCAUAGGCAUUGCACUACUAAAAUAGUUAGUGGUCAUUAAUGUUUGUACGGGUAAACUCAAAACUCUUUAACCAAUUUAGCUUUAAAAAUAUGUUUAUAAUUUCCUUUCCAAAGUGAUUCAUUUAAAUUUAAAUAAUAAUAGCUGGUUAAAAAUACUCCCCAGAUCUGUGAAUUUAGUUACAUCUAUUCUGUUGCUGACCAGAGAGACACAUUAACAGAAGGAGAGUGGGAUGAUGAUGGAGAUUAUGAAGCCCUUCGUAAAGUUAUGGUUUUUGAUGCAAGUGCCUUGAGUCAUAUGAUUAGUAAGCUAGAGACUGCUCAGUAAUUUUACUAGGUUUACUCUUGAAAUUUUAUUUUUUUAAAUAUAUAGCCUUGGGUGCUGGGAUGUGAAAUGAGGCAGAACAUACUUCAGAGGAAAAGAGUUUCAACAGGAUUAUUUUUUAUUAAAGGAAAUUAUAUGAGGGACUGUUUAAAGUAAAUAAACAGUGGAACAAGAUAUUUUUAGGCUUGAAAAUAAAAGACAAGACUAUUAAGUGGAUGUUUCAGCUAGAUGCCUUCUUCAGCAGACAGACAAAUCAAUACAAUAAACAACAGACAAAUUUAAAUUAAAAAUAAAACCAUGUUCAGAACAGGAAACUAUCUGUGGCGCGUACUAUCAUGGUAAAAGAAUUGAAGUAUUAUUAAUGUAAAAUUUUAAACAGCAAACAUUGAGAAUAGAAAUAGAGGGAAAUAAAGGAUCACUAGAGUAUUUGAUUGAUUCCAUAUGGUGAUAUGGUGCCAAAACAACUGAAUUUAUUUGUUUCAUUCUUGUUGGUGUAGUGAUGCAAGAAAUUAGAGCCAUGAUUAAAGAAACUAACAAAAAUGUCUAAAUAAACAAAUCAUGAUAAAGUUCUUCCAGUGGAUUUUUUGUUUUCUUCUUUUUCCAUUGAUUCAACAGUGUUUUAACGUUUUUUUUCCACAAACAUGUUUUCCAUGUAUUCAUGACUCUAACUUUGUACAUGUGAUUCACUUUCUUGGUCAUAUAUUUAAAAAAAGCUGUGCUAAACCCUUUCGUUUUAAGUAUUAAAUCCCUCCUGUUUAUUUCCAACAAAAUGUGUCAGUCAAUUAUUAACAUAUUUUUAAUGUUUAAGAUGGAAGCGAACUUUUUAUGGUACCGGUACUUACCUUAGGCUGACCUUAUUUCUUUGUAUACUGCGGUAUUACUAGCAUAGUUUUAUCUGUUUCACUAUAAGGAGGGUUUAUUAAAAGAGCUUAUCUAAUUAUUUCUUGCACUAUAUUAUUCAUAAAGUUUAAAGUUUCCCAUUUAAUUAUUGUGCAUUAUUAUGUACUUUUAGUUGUUUUAUUUUGUUUCUGUAUUUGUUUUAAGGGCUGAAUAAAUAAACUUGAAAA